AUGAUGGCCACUGCAACCAUAGCCUCCACGGACAUGGGGCUUCUGCUGAGAGAUGAUGUUUUUGUCGACUUUUUCAACACAUUUCUGAAUCUUCCUGUAAGUCCACUCUGCACCAUAAAGCCCUUUUGAAUCUCCCCUUUCCUUUCAAUGCAGGUUUUUGGCCAGACACCCAUUUAUAUCAGCACUACAGGCCAGUGGAACCUCUGGCCAGAGGUGCCAAGCCAUCUGAUGAGAAAAUGCCUCUUUGAUCUCAGUCCCCCGGCUUUACUGGCUUGGCUGGAAAAGCACCGUCUGCCUCACUUCUGCAAAUCCAGCCUUUGCCUCCACCUCGUCCUCUGCCAGAAGCUCCUGGGUUUCGGUCGGUCGGGGGAAGCAGCAAAAUUGCUGAACUGGCAAAGCGCUGACUGGUGGCUACUGGAAAAGUGCAUCAGUGGGAGCCAGGCCAUGUGGCACUUUCAGGCCUUCAUCCGAGGAAUGGCAGGGGAAGAACUGACCAACUUCUGGCUCACCACUGAAAGGCUCCUGGGGCUUGAUGAGUCAGAUGAAAGGCAGAGGGAUCUCUACCUGUCCUUGUUCAACAGGCUGAAGGCCACUCACCUGCGUGAAGGCUCUAGUGUCAUCACUCUCUGCAGGACCAUCACUGGAUCACUGCCGAAAGCCAGGCACAUUCAGUCCAUCAGCACCAGGAGAGAGAUCCUAAGGAAGAUGCAGGAACAGGCCCUUUUUACAAUUCAGAGUUACUGGCUCCCUAAAUUCUUCAUCCACUGCAAGAUGGGCAUGAAGGAAGAGAAAUUGUGCUGGCCUUUGCUGCAGGAAUAUCAGGAGCGUUUAUUAUGGGCCAAAUCAGAGUAGCCCUCAGGCUUUUCAAAAAAUCUUUUCACAAUGCAUAUUAAAAGGAGUCAGGGUUUGUCAGGGCCCUACUGCAGCAAGAAGGCCAAAGUGGAGAUCUGGGCUCUAGUCAGGGAAGUAAGAGACAUCCAACAAAUGAAGAUGCCCAGUUUUCAAGUGCAACCAGAAAGGCAACCAGGGCCAGCUGGGAGCACAAAGGAAUCUUCUCUGGAUAAGAAUGCUUUGGAAUCAGUUCCACAGCAGUCAGAGAAUCCUGCAAACCCUGCCUUUGGAGGCAAAGGAGGAGCAACCUGUCACCAACGACCCAGACCUAACACAGAGCAGGUUCAUCACCUGAAAGACCUCUGUAAAGAGAAAGUCCUCUCUAACUUGUGUUCCUCUGCACCUGUUACCCAUUUGCCAUCCCUGGAAAAGCCAGUCAAGACCUUGGGUCUUCUUCCCUGGGCCCUUUGUGCUGAGACCUGUGCAGGACGGCCCUUCAGGGAUUUCUUGAAGUGCCAGGACCGGCCCAUGGAGACUCUUUUCCUGGACCUGUGGCAUGACCUGGAGGAAUUUCUAUCUGCGGCACUGGACCCCAGCAGAGAAAAUAAUUUCUUCUUGCGUCAUUUGACUGGGGAGAAGAUAUGCAAGACCUACCUGGAGGAGGGCACCGUUCAGCAGCUUCCCUUGGAAACCAGAACCCUCAGGAGGCUGAAGAACCAUCUGAUGUCUGGAGAGUUCUCCCCCUGGAUAUUCAGAGCCCAGGAGGAGAUUUGCAAGGUGCUCUACGGCUUCUAUGAGGAAUUUCUGGCUGAUGAUGACAGGACAUUCCUUCACUUUAUGUCUCUGCAAAGCAAUGUCCCGAUGCCUGAGAUGCAAGACCACACUGUUGGGAAAGAAGAACGUUUCCUCCUGUCCCAGAGGAUAAACCAGUCCUUGAAGUUGAGCCAGGCCUUGCAUGGCACAAGGAAUUUGCAAGGUCUCUCCUCCAAGCACUGGCAAUUAAUUGCCACUCAGGACCUCCGAAAUGGGGGCUCCACCCAGGCAGAGAUGGACCCCUCUUCUCUAUCUGAUGCAGACUCCCAGAAGAUGAUGUCAAAUGAACUGGCUGUUCACAAACCUUCACUGACUUUGGAUAGCCCAAGCAACGAAGGUGAGCUUUUAAGUCUCAAAAGCCCAUCAGUUGCUGUUGAACACAAGAGCAAAAAGAAGAGGACUCUUCCUGUGAGAAAAAACAAAUCAAACAUAAUGAAGUCUGCUUCUGCUGUAGUAGCUAACUCAUCUAGAAGAUUCAGGCACUUAAUGAAAAUGCUGCACAACCCUCACCAGCUGCAGUUCUUCAAGCAGUUCCAUGAGGAGCACAACACAGAUAAGCUACUGCAUUUCUGGAUGGCUGUGGAGAAGCUAGCAGAGACCAACCCAGAGAUAAAGAGCUUCGUUAUUAACAGCAUUGUCAGAAAUUACUUUCAUGCUGAAACCCCAGCUGAAGAGCAUCUGAACUGCCACAAUUCUACCACCAAAGAAAUAAAUGAGGCUGAGGCAGUCAACCACAUGUUGAUGACAGCACAGAUCUUUGUCCAGAAAACAGUGGUAAAACAAUGUUCUGCCCUCAUCAUGCAUCUGGAUGCCAGCAACAUGCAGCCAAAAAAGGAAGUUACUUUUCUCAAAAGGAAAGUCACCAUCAUCAGCAAACUCUUCUUGAACUCUGACAUUCUGCCCAAAUUGUGGAAGAGAGAUUUUAUCUGGAAUUUAUCUUCCAAGAAGCUACCAAACUGUGUCAUCUACCACAAAACCAAGGUCAUCAUCUUCCCUGUCCUGAUACACUCCUGGAGAAGGUAG